AAUCAACCCCGAUAAUUCCAAUUAUCCAAACAGAUUUUUUCCUAUCUCCUAAUCUCCUCUCAUUCUCAGUUGCUAAAGCCUAAAAGAAUAAUUAAAUUAAAAAAAAAAAACUUAUUUCAAUUUUUCCUUUUUUUAUAUUCCCUCUAAUUUCACCUUCGUGCACCCCAAGUUUCAACCCAAUUACUUUUUCAAUGGCCUUUCUCGUCUCUUCCCCAGAAAUCUCUCCCAAGAUCUUCUUUAAUCCUAACCUUAAUUCUAGAAAUUACAAGAAUCUUGCUAGUUUGAGCAAUAAUCAGAAAAUUGGUUCUCGGGCUAGGGUUAGGGUUUCGGGAUUGGAUAAAAAUGUUAGGUUGUACGGACAGUAUUCAGCUCCUGUGAAGCCGAGCAAAGAAGAAGAAGAGAAGCAGAAUUACUAUGUGAACAUGGGUUAUGCGAUUCGGACUCUAAGAGAAGAGUUUCCGGCGCUCUUCUAUAGAGAGCUCAGUUUCGAUAUUUACAGGGAUGAUAUUGUAUUUAAAGAUCCAGUGAAUACUUUUAUGGGCAUUGAGAACUAUAAAUCAAUUUUCUGGGCAUUGCGAUUCCAAGGCAGGAUAUUUUUCAGGGCAUUGUGGCUUGACGUAGUCAGUGUUUGGCAGCCCAUGGAGAAUAUCAUAAUGGUUCGUUGGACUGUCCAUGGCAUCCCACGUGUUCCUUGGGAGAGUCGUGGACGAUUUGAUGGCACUUCUGAGUACAAACUUGACAAGAAUGGGAAGAUCUUUGAGCAUCGUGUUGACAACAUCGCUCUCAAUUCACCACCGAAGUUCCGUGUACUUGCUGUGGAAGAAUUAAUCCAAUCUAUCGGUUGCUCCUCUACCCCAAAACCUACCUAUUUUGAAAUUUCAUCUUGUGAUAGAAGUUAAGAGUUCUUUUUCCAGUUUUGGUAUAUGUCAUACUAUGGUUGAGUCUUCCUGAGCUUGAAGUUGGCAUCAUUUCUGCUGUCUGAUAACUCAGUAUAGAUUACUGUCUGUAACCUCAGUUGACUCAGGCUCAUGUUGAAUUGAGUACUAUGAUAAACAUUAGCAAACAUGCACUGUAUUAACCCUCCUUGCUGUUAUUAGUUUUAAAAUGCGGACAGUAUUUGUAUAAGAGUUGUGUAAAUAUUGUACAGUGGGAGUUUAAGUGUAAGUUGUACUACUUGUGUACCAUGUAUUUUGUCAGAUAUAUGUAUGAAUUUUUAUGUAUAAAUACAAAGUUAUAUGUAUGCAUUUAUAUAUAAA